ACCCCAUUGUAGAUGGUUUGGUUUGAGAGGUCCAAGGAAGAGCAAAGAUGAGCAAACCACAGAGCCACAGGAGGCCCUCAUCCACUAUGAUGUACCACUUGAGAGCAUCUAAGCCAGAGUCUGAGAGGGACUCCGGUUUCUCAGGUGUUACAAACACACGAAUGUACACCCUGCCUCUCUAUCAACUCUAAUCUAGAAAUCUAGGCCACCACCAUUUCCUCAGCGAAAUUGUUGUUUUGAGCACCAGGAGUGGUGACCAAUUUUUUUUUUUGUUGCUGUGGGUUCACUCAGCUAUGACUAGGUCAGGGCAUGAUUCCCAUGGAAUCUUUACUGUGGCUGUGGAGUUAUUACCUCAAGCUGUUAUCUCUCUGUUACCCUCGCAAAUAUUUCCAAAAUUGCUCUUCAAGAUCUUGGCACAGAAAGAAAACAAAGGCGGUGGUGUUUCUAUUAACUUUUUGUUUUGUUUUGCUUUCUUCUCCUUUCCAGAUGCCAGCUCUGGGUACCAGAAUGUGAUGGACCAAACUGACUCGGAGGACAUGGUGAGGGCCCCAGGUCCCCAGGUGGCUGUAGCCGGAGGAUCCUACCCUGGCCUCUCCCCCAUGAUCAUCAUGAACAACAUAGUCCUGAAUCUGCCAAGCCCAAUGUCUCCAGUAGUAAAGCCCUGGGGCUUCCCUUCCUCCCUGGAGAUUCUCCCCCAGUCCCAGGUGGUCCUCCUCCAUCCCAUGGUCCCCAACGGCAGCAACAACAUCAGUAACAACAUCUCUCCAAAGCGUUCCUCAGACAAGCACCGGGACUCAAAGAAUAACUACCUGCCCAUACUGAAAUCUUAUCCCAAAAUCGCCCCUCACCCUGGGGAGAGCUCUUCCAGGAGGCAGGGGGCCUCUUCGGCUGAGAGGGGAAGUUCAACGCCUGGGUAUCACGGGAGGCGUAACCGGUGGUAUCGUCACCAUGACGACAAACUGUACAGCUCCCAUAGCCCCCAGCCAAGGCCUCUGACACCCCUCCAAACAGUGGCCACAUUAGAGGUUGUUGACAAACAAACACAGCUGGCCAGCUCUCAGAAGCUGCCAAUACCUCAGUUCCUAGGCAUGCCUCACUCCCUGGGCACUGAGGCCACUGAUGUAGUCUCCAAUAAAUGUGCACCUGUGUCGGAGGCGAGCAGUUGCCAAGGCGACAAUGACCGCUGCCAAGACGGCUUGUCCACAGACAACAACAAAGGUAAACGCUUCAGCAACACCUACAACAUCCUCAGCAACUCUGGCCUGCUGGGCAUAACGCUACGAAUCAAGGAGCUGAUCAGGCAGAACCGGCGCACCCAGGGCCAUUUGAAGCAGCUGCAGGAGCAGACAGAUCUGUUUGUGGAGGCCCUAGGCAGUGGUGACCCCCUGGUCUGGACUAGGCUCCAGCUGACCCUGCAGCUAGACACAGACCCUGCCAGAGCUGAGGAGGGGCAGUGUCAGGCCAUGGAUCCACAGGUUAUCCUGGCAUAAGACACUAGUAGAAGGAGGUGCAUGGAUCAUAAGCACACCUGCUGUAAACCAGUACAAAUGGAGAAAUGUGCUUAACCCUUGAACCCUUGCCUAUAAUCCGUGUUCUGUUUAAAUAGCAAGUACUGCUUGCAAUAGGGCUAUGGCUUCUAGAUUAAUAAAUCUAUCAAUACAUGCAGGGAAUAGAUACGGAUAAAAUAAUACAAUGAAUUAAUCCGUACCUGGUCAGAAAAGUAACUGCUUUAUUAUGGGGGAAACAUCACUUUAUGACAACGAUAAUCAUUUUUGGGACCAAAUUGUAAAGAUGAUUUAAGUACACCAGUCAUUAGAGUUUUGUGUACAUUUAAAAAUUGCUUUAAAAACUUUAACCAAUAAGCGGAGAUUAGGAACAGCUCUAAGAAUAUUUCAUAGUUGAUCGUAUUUAGUCAGAGAAUAGUUUAGCUAGCCUAGCAAUAUGUCCUCUUCAGUAUUUGUCAGUACUAGACUAGCGCAGCGCUCAACUGUAUAUUACUGAUUGUGAUUCUUUAGAGGGCUGUACAUAAAGCUUUUGUAUUAUUAUGAUGUCUUUUUUUAGGUAUGUACCUAGUAUGUAUCUAGUGAAAUAUGGCCUUGUCCUUGAUGUUGCUAUUUCUUUUAAACCUGCCUUUGAAUUAGGACAACAUCAAUAACUGAAUAGAGUACAGUUAAACACCAUAGUUACAAUGCGUCUUUUAUUAAUGAAAGACCAAAAAAUGAAUGCCUGUUAAAUGCCGAAAAUUAUAGCUACUGAAGUGACGGCACCCAUUCUUAUGUAUGUCAUUGAAAUGCUGUCUUGCAUUAUACACUGAACAAAAAUAUAAACGCAACAUGUAAAGUGUUGGUCCCAUGUUUCAUGAGCUGAAAUAAAAGUUCUCAGAAAGGUUC